CUUGACGCUCCUAUAAAUUGCAAUGCAUUGGCUUUUCUUGCACAUUCUUGGAGCUGCUUCAAUAAGAAGGUUUUGUACAGCCCAAAGAAAAUGGAGACACCAUUUCUUUUACUCGUCGCAGCUUUCUGCGCAACUGUCACUGUGACAUCAGCAUCGGAUUUAGUCAAAUGCGAGAAGACAUACCAGAAUAUUGGAUGCUUUGAAGAAUACAAUCCACAGAACCUCCUAUUGAAUGAGAGGUUCAACGUUCGUUGGGGAAACAUUGAAGCCUUUAUACAACAUUUGGCAUGCCUUUGUGGUGCAAAAGCCAGGGAAGAAAACAAACGCAGAAGUGCGGACAACGUUUUCAAGGGUUUUGCUUUGCAUUACUGGGGUGUGUGUUAUGGAAAGACGAAAGCUGACCUUGACGGCUUAAAAUUCAAGUCAGAAUCGCAUAAAUGCACUGGCAGCCAGGAAUACAAUGGAUGUAAAAAGGAGCACAGCCACUGUGUUGGACAUGGAUAUGCUGAUUACGUCUACCAGCUAGUAGAGAACUCUACUGAAGCAAACGUAAAUGGAGGCUAUUCUGAUUGGGAGGCUUGGACACCCUGCAAGGGAGAGUGUGGAACAGGAAUAAAGCUGAGAGAGAGAACUUGCACCAAACCAGAACCAAAAGGAAAGGGAAAAGACUGCUCUGAACUUGGACCAAACACCGAGAGGGAAGCCUGUGAGACUGGUAUCCCAUGUCCAGUCGAUGGUGGUUUCUCUGCAUGGGCAGCUUUUGGGGCUUGCAGUCAAUCCUGUGGAGGAGGUAAUCAAACGAGAAGUCGUCGAUGCGAUAACCCUGAACCAGCGCACGGAGGAAAGAACUGCGAAGGAGCAUUGAGUGAAGUCAAGCCUUGCAAGAACGACUUAUGUCCUGGUUCUGACGGUAUUUCAAAGGCACAGGAUCUCGUAAGAGACUUCUUGAUUGGUUUCCACAACACAAGCUACCCAGACAAGAAACCUUCCGGAAAAUUCCACCAGGCUAUUUUGGCAAUCCAGAGAGCUGUAGCCAAUGAAUUCGCACUCGGAACAACAGGCAAGAAUCUUCAAGAGAGACUUGAUGACUUGAAAGACUUUCUCAAAGUAGCAACAGCUGGAGGAAGCAUUGACUUUGCAAGAGUUACUCUCGGAAAAGGACUCUAUGUGUUCAUGAAGAAAAAGAUAGAAGAAGGUCUGCCAAUAGACAAACUUAAUGAAGCUUCCAGUGGCUACUUGGACUCUAUCAAACGAGAAAUUGGUGAGGAUAAAUUUGGCCAGCUGAUGCUUGUAGAUGGUGAUGCCUCUCUGAUUUUUACAGUUGACACAACUGGCAGUAUGAGAGACGAGAUCAACGCGGCCAAAGGGAUCGCUAACUCUAUCAUCAACAUGGAGAGAAAGUUCCCAGUCGAUUACGUCCUCUCGCCAUUUAAUGAUCCAGCUGUUGGACCAGUAACUCACAAAAACGAAUCAAACAAGCAAGAAUUUAUCAGUGCCAUCCAAGGCCUGCGUGUCACUGGCGGAGGCGACUGCCCUGAAAUGGCAUUCGGAGGUAUGAUUGAGGCAUAUGUUGCAAACCCAAAGCUUGGCUCGCCUAUGUUUGUCUUCACUGAUGCUGGGGCUAAAGAUGAUACUUUUGAAAAGAUAGAGGGACUCAAGACCUUGGCUGACCAAUAUUCUACAACCAUCAACUUUUUCACAAACUACAGGGGCUGCGGUGAUGCUAAGGCAAUAAAGAGCUACCAAGAGAUUGCAGCAUAUACAUCUGGCCAGAUAUUCCCACUGCAGAGCCACUCAGAGAUCUCCAAGUUUACAAGCUUUGUAAAGAGCAGUUUGGAGGGUGGGACGACAAUUGCCAAGAGCACUUACACAACAUCGAGAAGGCGAUCAGCUGCAGCAGAAGGCUACUUCUUCGUCGAUGAUGACAUUCAAACUUUGCUCAUUUCCCUCAACGUGAAAAAUGCAAACACUGCUCAAAAUGUCAAGUUGUUUGAUUCUACUGGCAAGGCCUACAGUGCCCAAUCAACAACAGCAUACAGUCAAAUAUACAGCGUGGACAAUCCACUCCCAGGAAAAUGGCAUCUUCAGUUCCCAUCUGGUGCUGGAGAGCGAUCAUUCAUUGCGAAGGCAAUUGCCAAGGAGACUGUUGACUUUGUUCCUUACUUCGUUCACCAAGAGAAUGAAGGCAGCCCAGCUUUGUCUGUUUCUCACCCACUCCAAGGAGGCGAAGUAACUUUGAUGGUUCAGCUCUCGGGCAAUGGCCUAGUUGAUCAUAAAUCACUUGUUGCUGCAAUCACAAACGAAAACGGACAGGUUCUUAGUGCAGACAUUGCAUUGAAAAGCAUUGGAGGAAGUGCAGGCAUAUUCCAAGCAAAAAUAAACCCACCAGGCGGAAAAUUCAAGUUUCUAUUGAAGGGAGAAACAAAGAAAGGAAGCAACUUCCAGCGAAUGUCACAAGCCAGCUUCGAAGCAACCGAUACUGUGUUGGCGACCAUCAGCGCCGGUAACGAGUUCACAGCAUCAGCAAGCAAGGGAAGCAUCAAGGUGAAUUUGUACCUUUACAACAAGGGCAGCUCACAGAACUACAGAUUUGUAGCUACUUCAAGCCACGGUAGCAUCUCUGCUGACAGCAGUUUAUUGAUGGUUUCAGGUGGAAAGAACAGUACCGCAAGCUUCACAUUCAAUCUCCCAAGCAACGCCCGUUCUUUGGUUGGCAAGACAACCAAUGUCGCCAUCACUGCCACAGGGCAAAGUUCCAGCAAGAAAGUCCAAGCGGCAUUCGCUCUGUUGUUUGUGCCAUGAGUCUCUUGAAGCUCAUCUUUAAACCAAAACACAUAUAAGUAGAUGGAUCUCCUAUAGAAUACAUUAUGAUUACUGCUUAACAAAGAGUUUAAUUGAAAUAAAUAGUUUUAUUUAUCUUGGGCAACAGAUAAUCUUGGAA